AUGCCGUGCUGCUCAAGCACGUCGUGGAUGCGCUUAGCCUGCUACCGGCGCUGGUCGCGGAGGCCGCGGCUGCUGCCACCGGGCUGCGCGUCGUCGAUGUCGGCACGGGCGCGGGGUUCCCGGGCCUCGUCCUGGCCAUCGCGAGGCCGCAGUGGAACGUCACGCUGCUCGAGGCCGCGCGCAAGAAGACGCGCUUCCACGACAUCGUGGAGCGCGAACUGGCCCUGUACAACAUCACGUCCGUGUGGGGGAGGGCAGAGGAGGUCGGUCAGAGUAAGAUGCAUUGGGGGCGGUAUGACUAGAUCGUGGCACGGUCGUUGGCGGAAAUGCGGGUUUGCCUCGAACUGUGUGUGCCGCUGGCAAAGGUGGGGGGCGCGUUUUUCACGCAAAAGAGGGUGGGCGCGGGCUCUGAGGAGGUGGCCGCCGCGAAGGAGGCCAUCAGAAGGCUGGGCGGGAAGCUGGAAGAUGUGCGCGAGGCGUGGCCGUGGGAGUGGAUGGAGGGGCAGGGGUAAGAGGCGGAAGAGGUUGACGGAAGGAAAAGUGUAUUGUGGCCGUAGGAAAGGUGAAGGCAACGCCACGGGCGUUUCCGAGGUUGCCGGGGGUGCCGAAGAAGACGCCUUUGUGAGAUUGCGAAUAGGUUUGCGAGGGGAGAAAGGCGUCGGGAGACCGGAGAGAGGAAAGGUGUCGUUUGAGAGAUGUGGCAGGGAAUGGGAGCGCGUGUUGGGUGAAAAGCACACCGAACAUUGCAAGGGGCGUACAUGGGGCGUACAUGGACGUGUUGCGAGAGGAAGAGCGCAAACGCGUUGCGAAAGGCACAGUUCGCUGUGGCAAUGUGACAUACGAGCGCCGAGGGCGGCAGGUGGCGCGGGUUGUGGGACAGCGUUGUCACCAGCAAAUGCGAGGAGGUGGGCGUCAGGGACGCCCCCUCCGCGAGGCCGCGCGGGCAGGAGCGCCGCGGAUUGUAGAGCGGAGAGGAGGGCGGAGGAUGUGUGGUAUUUCGGGGGAGGGGAGCAGAGAGCUUGGGGGGGAAGGAGGAGGAGGAGGUGUAUGUACGUGAGGCGGAGGGGGGUGGACAUGGCGGCAUUGCGGAUGAGGAGUUGGGGGAGGAGGGGGGGUUGGGCAAUGAGCGCGGGGAGGAGGACGGUGUCGGGUGGGGAGAGAAGCUGCGGAGAAGGAGAAGCUCGAUUUGUUAUAAUAUAA